AUCUGAGACGGGCUCAUGUGUCCCUUUUCGUCAUGCGCGCACAGAAAUAAAAAAAAUAUUUAUGCGAAACUGCAAAAUUUAGGAAUGAAAGUGAAAGUAGAACAUGUUUUAAACUUCGAAUUGCCAAUUGGUAUGAAACCACGACACUCUCAACCUGGGUGGAAUAAAACUGGAGGUAGGGGUCAAGAUGCAAGGGAGCAAAAUCCAACCCACGGUCGCAGAGGAAAGAGACGAUGGCGGAAAAAACGAGAUUUCAGACCAUCUUCCGGAGAAUCAUCGGGUAGUGGCGAACAUCUGGCAGAGGGAACCUCUAGCUCCAGUACAAGAACAGACCAUGAAAUACCAGGGUUCUAUUAUGACCCCGAGAAGAAAAGAUAUUUCAAAAUCCAGCCCAAUCAAUUCUCUAGCUUGGGACAUACAAUAACAAAACAAAACAUAGAAAAGAAGGCACUGGAAACAGAAAGAAUUAGGAAUCUCACAAAACAAACAGAUAAAGUGCACUCGCACCAUUUCCUAGAACUGAUGAGCAAACAGGAGAUGGGAAGUGUAACAAGGCUUCAGUUUCAAAGAUAUUUCAUCCAUAAGAGAAUAUCAUGCAUUGAAAAUCAUCCUAGUCAGACUUUAAGUGCUUCAUCGAUUCAUGGGACUCUGGAGCAUCCAAAAGUGAUAGGACUUAACUCUAGCCAUGAUAAACUCAUAUCAAUGUGGAGUCUUUCUAGUAGUCUAGCCAAAUGUAUUAAUAUGGUUGACAUUGAUGUGAGUAAUACUGGAGAUAUAGUGAUAGAUUUUGACAAACCCAGUCUCAAUUUGUGCAAUAGUGCUUCAAGCAUGUACUGGACAGAGAGGAAAAAGUCCCUGCCUUUACAUUUACUGUAUACAACAGGGCCGUAUUUUGGGAAUGAAAGCUGUACAGCUCAUAUUUGUCAGGUUUCAAAUGAAGGUUUGUGUGGGACAACAAAUUCCUACAGCAUCGGCCAGCAGUAUGUGUGGUGUUGUGCCCUGGAUCCAGACUAUAGGAAGUUCAGUAUUGGUUGUGAAAAAGGUGCUCUUCUUAUAGAGGUGGAAACAAGACGACUUUGGGAGAUCUCGACUCACAGAGGUGACGUCUCCAGUAUAGUCUUCAGUCAUAAGAUCCCAAGCACCCUCUACUGUGGGAACACAAAGGGAUCUAUUUUUACCCAUGACACUCGCAGUCAUACUAAUCAGACGCUGAGCCAGCCGAAAAUGACAGGAAUCGUAACAAGUUUGCAGUUAACAUGGGAUGACAUCCAUCUUCUAGCCAGUGAUGCUCUUGGAAAAGCCUUUUUAUGGGACCUGAGAAUGAAGAGAGUUCUAGUUGAGUACACAGGAAUGAAGAAUAAGGGAACAAGAAUCCCAGUUUACAUGGAUGAUGCAGAGAAACUAGUGUAUGGAUGUGAUUUAGAAGGGUACACCAGAUUUUGGUGUAAAAAUUCCGGGAAACUCCUAAGGACCAUUCCCUCCCCGGUGCAGUGUUCAUCAACGAGUGUACCAGUUGUGUUGUAUUCUGAGACCUGGGGCAACAGAACAGGAAACUCAGCCCUGCUGUUAGGGGCUGGAAAUAAACUAUAUGUUUAUAAAGUUUAAACAAAUGCCCUGUGUAAAGUUCAAAUCCAUCUUACAUGUACAUGUAUAAGGCAUUUGUAUGAAUAAGCAACAGUUCUGAUUUGAGUUGAAGAGCAGAAUUUGAAUCCUUGUUAUGCCUGACACAAGAUAUCAGUGAAACUUCAGCAUUAUUUCAAUCUGGGACCAAUUUUUUAUUCUUUAAAUUUUGAGAAAAAUUAAACUCUCAUUUGUGCAAUUCUAGAUGACCUUACCUUAAGAUAAUGCAUAUAUUUUAGCAUGACUGAUAAUGGUAAAUGCACCAACAUACCACUAUAUUUAUAUUGAAUAUCAUUUUCAGGAAAAAUGAAAAAUUCAAAAGAAUUGCAAAUAAGUAAAAAGGUGUUUGUAUGUUUAUACCAGUGUAAUCUUAUAAAGGUUAUCUAUGGCAUAUUUUUUCACUUUAAUUUAAUAUCAAUACUUCGGUAAAGAUAUAACGUUUCUUCAAGGUUUCUGCAAAUUACACAAUUGAACUUAUUCUCGUUACAAUGAAAUUCUUUUUGACCUGG